UACUAGAAUUGAUAUGAAUAGUGUGUUCUAUGUUCAUCCUUCAGAUAAUCCAGGAACACCACUCGUUCCAGCUCAAUUUGAUGGAGUUGGAUACAGAUCAUGGAGAAGAGAGAUGUGAUGAUAUGGUAACUUCAUGGAUAUUGAAUUCUCUUACCAAAGAGAUUGCAGAUAGUGUUGAAUAUGUUAACAAUUCGUGUGAGCUUUGGAAGGAGCUAGAAGACAGAUAUGAUCAGACAAAUGGUGCGAAAUUAUAUCAGAUUCAAAAGGAGAUUGAUGAUUUAACACAGGGAACACUAGACAUCACUGUCUAUUACACAAAAUUGAAGAAGCUGUGGGAAGAACUAAACACUUUGAACACGAAGAGCAUAUGCACAUGUACAUGUACUUGUGGUGCCAAAGAUAGUAUGCACAAAUCAGAACAGGAUAGACGAUUGAUACAAUUCCUUAUGGGAUUGAAUGAAGUUUACACUGUGAUUAGAGGUAACAUACUCAUGAUGAGUCCUCUACCUUCUAUUGCACAAGCCUUCUCUCUGUUGAUUCAAGAGGAAAAACAAAGAGAAUACAGGCCUACCAGUCGUACACCUAUGGAGUCAAUCUCACUAAAUGCAAAUGCUGGCAGAGGAUCACAAGGUGGAAGAGGAUAUAGAACUAGUUUCUCAAGUAAUAGUGAAUUGAGUAACAAUAGUAACAGAAGUGUUUUGAUCUGUGAUUUCUGUAAGAAACAAGGUCACAUUAAGGAGAAGUGUUAUAAACUACAUGGAUAUCCUCCAAAGAAUAAUGCUCCUAAUAAUAGAACAAACAAUCCACAACAGUUCAAUACACAACAACAGUUCAAUACACAACAGUUCAGACAGAACAAUAAUCAAAACUUCAGAGGAAGAAGGAUUGUGGCUAAUGCACAUGGGGAAGAAUGCUCACAAGAAAACAAUAAUUCAAAUGCUGUCAUUACACAAGAACAAUAUGGUCACAUUAUGAGCUUGUUACAGCAGUUUCAGAUUGAUGGUUCAGGAGAGGAUUCCAAGAAUAAUGCUGAAUCUAACAAGUUUGCAGGCCCCUUCAGUGAAGAGGCCUCAGGCAAUUGGUAGUAGCAAGGAUGGCAUUUACUAUAUGUGUGGAAGAUGCUUGAAAAAUGCUACUCAAUCUACUGAUCUUGUUUGUAGUUGUAUACCUCAUGUUUGUAGGAAUAUUCCCUUUCUAAGUUCAGUUUGUAAUGAUUCAUUUGUGGAAAAUUCCAGUAAACUUCCUGUAAUGUCUGUUUCUUCAUCUACUGAGAAUACAAAUAUGUUGAAUAAUUGUGUAUCUCUUGAACCUCUUAAGGAUGAUGUGGAUUUACUGUGGCAUAACAGACUUGGCCAUGUACCCUUUGUAAAGAUGAAAAACAUGCCUACAAUUCCUGUUAAGUUUUCUGCUAGACAG